CUCUCUCGCCGCGCUUCCCUCCCUUCCCAGCUCUGCGGCCCCGCCUUCCCGCUUCCUGCCCGGCCUUUAAGCGGCAGCUCGACGGCGCCGGGGGCUGAGAUGAGCCGGCCCUAUGGAGCGCGCCCCCCGCCUCUUCGUGGCCCUCGACGUCCUCUGCCUGCUGCUCGCAUCUCUGCCCUUUGCCAUUCUGAGCCUUGUGAACUCCCCCUACAAGCGUGGAUUUUAUUGCGAUGACAACUCCAUCCGGUACCCCUACAAGGCGGACACUAUAACUCAUGGACUGAUGGCGGGCGUGACCAUCACUUCCACCACAUUCAUUGUCUCCUUGGGUGAAGCAUACCUUGUUUAUAGGAAGCGCCUGUACUCAAAGUCCGAGUUCAACAAUUACGUGGCUGCCCUCUACAAGGUGUUGGGGACUUUCCUUUUUGGCGCAGCUGUCAGCCAGUCACUGACGGACCUGGCCAAGUAUAUGAUUGGGCGCCUGCGGCCAAACUUCCUGGCUGUCUGCAAUCCCAUUUGGUCGAAAAUAAACUGUUCGGAGUAUGUGCACCUGGAAGCUGUGUGCCAGGGAAACAUCAAGAACAUCACAGAGUCCAGGUUAUCGUUCUAUUCUGGACAUUCCUCGUUUGGGAUGUACUGCAUGAUGUUUCUGGCGCUGUAUGUCCAGGCCCGCCUGGUGGGGCGAUGGGCCCGGUUGGUGCGCCCGACGGUCCAGUUCUUCCUCAUCUCCUUUGCCAUCUACGUGGGCUGUACCAGAGUCUCGGACUACAAACACCACUGGAGCGACGUAUUGGUGGGCCUCCUCCAGGGGGCAUUCAUUGCCAUUCUUGUGGUCCGCUAUGUGUCCGACUUCUUCAAGCAGCGCUUGCCGCAGCAGCCCUGUGAUGAGAAAGAUGCUGCCAGGACGAAACCCAGCAUCGCCCUGGUGCCGAGCAAUCCGGAGCACAAUCAUUACAGCUAUGGGGUGUCUGCCUGAUCUGUGGGAUAGCGGGGCAAAUUCUGCUGGCUACCCAAAAUCUUAUUUGGGUGCUCCCCUAGGUGGGAAUUCUUUCUGGACUUGCCUGUCCUUUUCCCCCCCUUCUUCCCCACCCCCUUUUACAGUUUGCUCUGAGGCUAAAAUGCCCUUUUAUUAUUGCAGUGAUGCCUUUUGUGCACCCCAGAAUUAUUGCAUGUGCCCCCCCCAAUAGCUUAGCUUGCCACAAAAUGUUCUGUGUGUGUGUGUAUAUGUAAACGUUUGAGCAUUUUGCAGCCUCGCAAAAAAACCCUCUUCCUGAGGAUUGGGUGGAGUUUGUAUUGCCAAUCUUUUUUUUUUUUUUUAAAAAUCUGGCUCCUACUUUUUUAAUAGGGGUGCCUGCUCUUCUGCAGAUGCUAAAGCCUUCACUGUGUGCUGUGGGGAACCUCACCUGCUGGUAUUUGAAGAGCCUCCUGCUGUUCUAAAGGCUGGGAUGCAGGCUGGGCGGGAUUUUAUUGGCCAUAUGGCAACCCUGAGUGCGUGUGGUCUUUCUCAGUGAAGCAACUCUGCCCCACCCAGGAGAAGUGGGCACUUGCUUUCCUGGCUUGCACUCUAGUGUGAAAUACCCCCCCUGGGAUGCUCAAGGGGUACCCACACUGUUCUGGUUCAUGAGAUUCUGUGCUCUGAAUAGAAACAGGAGACAACACGUGAAUCGGGCCAUGUAGGCCUUGGCUGAGCGAAAGGAAGUGUAGUUUUGUUUGACAUUUUGAAAUAAAAUUCUGUCACCAAUUUUCA